AUGCAGUCUCUGUGUGUUACUGCCCUUAGUGAUGAGGAGUCUCUCAUCACUUUGAAGAUCGAAGUGACAAGUGGAAUGUCACUUCGCUCCCUAAUUGACCGUGGUGCGUCGAACAGUUUCAUCCGACGCCAGUCGCUAAGGGAUAGUAGUCUCAACUAUGUUGAGCGAGAGUUCCCUUUAACGAGAAUGACGGUGUGCCUUGCUACAGGCGCAUCCGAGACAGUGAACAAACGUGAAGUUGGAAUCCACUACACGCCAGAAGGAAAACAGUACGAUGAUGAAUCUAUCGUGUCAGAUUUGGAUGACAAAUUUGAUGGCAUCCUUGGUCUGCCAUGGCUUAGAAAGUACCGGCCAUGGGUUAGCUGGCAGCAUCGAUCCGUGAAGAUGCCUGCCGUUUGUUCAUCGGGUCUCCAUCUGAUGAGCGUCUUGGAGCGUCCACAAGCGUGUGGAUGUACUACGAGUGAGUGCGAUGGCCUCACUUGUGGUACGGUCGUUAGUACGAUUGCACAAGCUCACAGUGUAGAAGGCCACUACACUGUGGAACCAGCUUCCGGCACCUGUGUAGAGACACAGGCUGCGCCGAAUGUUCACCACUCGAAAAGACAGAGUGGACUGGAACACGAAUGCACACCAAGAAGGUUGCAUCCGAGAAGAGAGACCAGUGUUGUUCAGUAUGGACAACACGUUGAAGCGAGAUCGACUAUCAGAGAGUCGAUCGUCGAGCAAGCCCGCUCGACUGAAAGAGAGUCGAUCGAAGAGGACGUGACCGUGAUAGUACCCGUAUCGGAAGAAAUUUCCGGCGUUCCUGAGAGCAAUAACUCCCGAGAGAAUUAUGUUGAAGGUGUAUCCCAACCACCUGCGAAUGUGUUUUCCCAGAAAAUCACCGAGACAGUGAAUGUCUUGGUGAAUGACGGAUCAAGUGUAGGCGCUUAUGCGCUUAAUCUGGUUACACCUCCGAAGUCAGCUUCGGAAGUAAUCAAGUUGCCAACGCUAGAAUUCUAG